AUGACCGGCCGACACCCCAUUCGUACGGGCUGCCGCCAGUCGGUCCCUGCCGGGUUCCGGCAAGGCCUGACUCCAUGGGAGCGUACUCUUGCCGAAUGCCUCCGGGACAACGACUACGCAACCGCUCAACACGGCAAGUGGCACCUGGGUGACGUUCCCGGCCGGUACCCCUCUGACAGAGGGUUUAACGAAUGGUUCGGAAUCCCGAGAACAACAGACGAGACGCAGUUCACCAGCGCUCUCGGCUAUACCCCCGAGGUAGCAGAACUACCAUACAUAAUGAAGGGCAAGGCAAAGGAACCCUCGGAGAACGUUUGCGUCUACGACUUGGAGAAGCGAAGGCUCAUCGACGAGAUGCUGGUCGAGAAGUCCAAAGGCUGGUUGUCUCGGCAGGCCAAGGCCGAGAAGGCAUUCUUCUUGUACCACCCACUGGUUCAUUUGCACUUUCCGACUCUGCCGCACAAAGACUUCGCCGGUAAGACGGGUCAGGGUGAUUUUGCAGACUCAAUGGCCGAAAUGGACUACCGUGUUGGUGAAAUCAUUGACCACAUCGACGAUCUGGGCCUCCGAGAGAACACAGCCUUCAUCUUUGCCUCCGACAACGGUCCGGAAUUCCGAGAACCACACCGGGGAACUGCUGGCCCAUGGUCAGGGACAUACCACACAGCUAUGGAGCGUAGUCUUCGGGUCCCAUUCAUCAUUCGUUGGCCAGGCCAUGUCCCUUGUGGUGUCACCAGUAACAGCAUCGUUCAUGUUACGGAUAUUUUCACCACCAUUCUGUCCACGACGCGCACUAUGGUUCCGUCAGACCGGCCGAUAGACGGUGUCGACCAGACAAAAAUUUUCUUGAAGCCCUCGGAAACUCCAUCACCUCGUCAAGGCUUCCUGUUCUAUAUCAAGGAUGAACUACGCGCCAUGAAGUGGAAAGACUGGAAGCUUCACCUUCGUACCAGGGGGUAG